CUCGCGUUGACUGCCAAAAUUGGCCCCAGAACAUGCCAUAGGACGGGCCGAGAAUCUUCCAACAUCAUGUGGACAUAUCGGGGCCGACAAUCGGUGGCCUCCAUCGUCACCCACUCAUCGCGUCGCCUUGCUACAGGCAAUCGGCCUGCCGCCACCCCGUCGCGGAGACGUUACGCCAGCGGUGGCUUCAAGGGAUCCCCACAACCAGCCGACUCGCACUGGCUCCGGAAUUCCUUGGGCGUGGCCGGUGCAGGUACGGCUGCAUUUCUGAUCUACGAAUAUGCGACGUCCAACCGAAACCACCCGGUCGAGAGCCCCCUGGAGAAAGUCCAAGAUCUCUCCAAGUCCGCGGGCGAUCUGAGCUCUGAAUUCGUGCAGCACAAGAGAAGCUUGAAGAGCCCCGGCGUCUUUGUAUGGGGCAACAACGCCUAUCGUGUGGCCGACCCCAACUCGAAGGAGUCCGUCGUCAAGACCCCCCGGAACUUCACUUAUUUCGAAGGCCAAGUGCUCAGGGAUCUCAAGAUCGAGGAGCGCUCGGGUGCUGCGAUCACGUCGAAUGGCGACUUGGUGCAAUGGGGCAAAGGCUAUUCGGAGAAGGAAUUCAAGCCUGUCAAGACUCUGACCGGCAAGAACCUGACUUCGCUGUGCACGUCUAAUGAUCGUAUCCUUGCCUUGUCCUCCGACGGCAAGAUCUACUCUCUGCCGAUUGCCAAGGAGGAUCAGCUAUCCGGCCGCAAGCUGAAGGAGGGAUCCUGGGUGCCUUACUGGUCUGGGACGGCCGACGUCAGCUAUCGCGUCCUCCAGCCCAGUCUGAAGCUGGGCGAGCGGGUGACUGCACUCCGCGGUGGAUUGGACCAUGCCCUUCUGUUGACAAGCUCUGGUCGGGUCUUCUCCGUCGCGUCUUCCACCGAAAACUAUCCCUCCUUUGGACAGCUCGGUGUUCCAGGCUUGACCUGGGCCACUCGCCCUAAAGGACCCGUGGACACCCUCCACGAGGUCACAGCCCUCAAGGGCUCUAAGAUCGUCCAGAUUGCCGCGGGUGAUUACCACUCUCUAGCGCUUGACAAAGACGGCAAUGUCUUCGCGUUUGGCGACAACUCCUUUGGACAGCUGGGAAUGACAUUCAACCCAGCGUCGCCCUUCCGCGACGCUCCCACUCGGGUGCCUAUCAGGAACCUUUACCGGGGUCCUUGGCUGACCAAAACCACCCGGAUUGCAGCUGGAGGUGCCAACAGCUUCUUUGCUGUGGAUGCACAACGGGCACUCGGUCCCGAUGAGAACCUUUCCACCGUCCGUGACCUAGGCCGCAUAACCGCCGAUACCUGGACCUGCGGAAGAGGAAUCUGGGGCGCUCUCGGUAAUGGGAAAUGGACUCACGUCCAGGAUGCCCCGACCAAGGUUAAGACAUUGAGCGGUCUGUUUGAAUACGAUGAACGCGCCAACGGCCUGUCGCCCAUCCGAAUCCACGAUAUCUCCGUCGGCACGACACACGUGUCGGCGGUGAUGGCCAACCAGACCCACGUGGACGCGGCUCCCACGGCAUCCUUGGAUGAAAACAAGGACUGGGGCUUUGAUGCACUCUGGUGGGGAGGCAAUGAGAACCACCAGCUGGGUACGGGCAAGCGCAGCAACCUGUCGAAGCCGAGUUACAUCCACGCGCCUCUGGAGAGCACCGACCAGCAGGAAGCCCGACUCCAGAUCAUGCCCCGGCACAAGGGCAAGGUGGAAGGGCGGACCGUGAGCAUGGAGCAGCGGGUGGAGUGCGGACGACAUGUGUCGGCCAUCUACUCCGCAGUGUAAUGUUUCUUCUGCUGUUCUGGGAUGUAUUAUGAUCACUACUAUUUGGGCAUGUAUAUUAGCUAUCUCUAUCUCUCUUUGGGGUGUGUCAGCGUUGAGUGGGUAAAAGUCCUGAGCCAGGGUUGUAAUAUUAUUUGUGGC